AUGGCGCUGAGGCUCUGGGGAACACGGUCACUCUCGCUUGUUGGUCUUGGAGCCCUGGUCCUGGUUGUGACUCUCCCUGCUGAUGCUGGGCUUUCUCAGAAACAUGUUUCAGACGUCGUCGAUGACAGCAAGGACAACAUCACCAUAUUCACUCGCAUCCUGGACAGGCUCUUGGAUGGAUAUGACAACCGCCUGAGACCUGGACUUGGAGACAGCGUAACUGAAGUCAAGACAGACAUUUACGUGACAAGUUUUGGCCCUGUCUCGGACACAGAUAUGGAAUACACUAUUGAUGUAUUCUUCCGGCAAUCCUGGAGAGAUGAAAGGCUGAAAUUUGAUGGUCCCAUGAAGAUACUUCCCCUGAACAACCUGCUGGCCAGUAAGAUCUGGACUCCUGACACCUUCUUCCACAACGGGAAGAAAUCUGUCGCCCACAACAUGACGACACCCAACAAGCUGCUGCGCCUGGUGGACAACGGCACCCUCCUGUACACCAUGAGGCUAACGAUUCACGCAGAGUGCCCCAUGCACCUGGAGGACUUCCCAAUGGACGUGCAUGCUUGCCCACUGAAAUUUGGGAGCUAUGCCUACACGAAGACGGAGGUGAUCUACACCUGGACACUGGGGAAGGAUAAAUCAGUGGAGGUAGCAAAGGGUGGAUCUCGCCUGAACCAGUAUGACCUGCUGGGCCACGUCGUUGGGACAGAGAUGGUUCGAUCCAGCACAGGGGAGUAUGUCGUCAUGACCACACACUUCCACCUCAAGAGGAAGAUCGGGUACUUUGUGAUCCAGACCUACCUGCCCUGCAUUAUGACAGUCAUCCUGUCCCAGGUCUCCUUCUGGCUUAACAGGGAGUCUGUUCCUGCCCGAACGGUUUUUGGUGUCACCACCGUCCUCACCAUGACCACGCUAAGCAUCAGCGCAAGAAACUCUUUACCUAAAGUGGCGUACGCGACGGCCAUGGACUGGUUCAUAGCCGUCUGUUAUGCCUUUGUGUUUUCUGCGCUGAUCGAAUUUGCCACCGUCAACUACUUCACCAAGCGCAGCUGGGCUUGGGAUGGCAAGAAGGUGCUGGAGGCCCAAGAGAUGAAGAAAAAAGAGCCAGUGGCACUGGCGAAGAAAACCAACAACACCUACAACAUUGUUGGCACCACAUAUGCCCUCAACAUUGCCAAGGAGCCCGGCCUGCCCACCAUCUCCAAGAGUGCUGCCGCCACUGCUACGGCCACCAACAUCCCCCCCAAGAUGCCCCGCAUAGAGGAGAAGCUCCCAGAGAGUAAGAAGACAUACAACAGUGUCAGCAAGGUAGACAAGAUGUCCCGCAUCGUCUUUCCAGUUCUCUUUGCCAUUUUCAACUUGGUCUACUGGGCCACAUACGUAAACCGGGAGUCAGCUAUCAAGGGAAUGAUCCCCAAACAAUAAAACCAGUCACACAAACCUUCCAUCACUGAGCACCAUCCAGGCAGGAAUUCUCCAGGGCUUUCUUCUUUCCUCUUUUGGUUAAUUAUUAUGGUUCAUUUGAUAUUAUUAUUAUUACUACUAUUAGAUCAUUCUUUUAUAAUGUAAACAAAACUGUGACUUUAAUUUAAUCCUCUAUGCUUCAGUUGCAUUUUAGUUUGUAUAUGAUGGCGAAAGGGGGAAAAAAAAAAAGGA